AAGAGAUCCGACAGGAUUCUGUGUAGAGUUCUCUGCAGCUGCUGCAGAUGGCCUGAUAACUCCGAGACAUACUCUGUCCCUGAGGAUGAGCAGCGCACGGAUUGACUGGGGUGAACCGCGUCGAAGCGAGAUGCCCGUUGUGUCCAAUUCCACGGCUAAAGUUGCCUCGAGAUGGUGUGUGUUGGUGAGUCCGAGGCCUGAUCAGCGAACAGGGCAGGAUAAACAGGGUCUUGCAGAGGGUGCAAGUGGGGAGAUCGUGAGGUGGAAAGGGUCAUCAUUUGACUGAUUUGAGGCUGGGGGAG